AUGAAGACGAUGGAAGAGAGCGAAAAGAAAGGCGGUAUCCUCGCCGACGAUAUGGGUUUGGGAAAGACCAUACAAGCCAUUGCUCUCGUGGUGUCCCGCCCGUCUACGACUCCAGAGCGGAAACCCACAUUGAUUAUUGCUCCCGUUUCUUUAAUGCAGCAGUGGAAGCGGGAGAUCCAGAAGGCUUUGAAGCCCGGUAGGCAUCAACUUUCCGUCUAUGUUCUACACGGUGACAAGCGAGCGGUCGGCUACAGAGACCUGAAAGGCUACGAUGUGGUCCUCACCACGUUCGGAACCUUGUCCUCGGAACUGAAACGCAGGGAAAAGUAUGACGAGCUACAGUCGGCCGGUGCGAAUGAGGAGGCUUUAUCCAGAACUUUGCUGAAGAACCUGCCAUGUCUCGGCCCGACCAGUCUGUGGCACCGAGUCAUCAUAGACGAAGCUCAGUGCAUCAAGAAUCGAAACACGAAAUCCGCCCAAGCAUGUUGCCUUCUCAAUUCCACCUAUCGAUGGUGUAUGAGCGGAACUCCCAUGAUGAACAGUGUCGAAGAACUACAGUCAUUGUUGAAAUUCCUUCGGAUCAGACCUUAUUCCAGCAUCGAACGUUUCAACAAGGAAUUCACCCGGCCACUCAAGGGUCCACCUGGCGGGCCUCGCGAUAAAGCUAUGAAACAACUUCAGGUUCUGCUGAAGGCGGUUCUUCUUAGACGGACCAAAACAUCGAAGAUUGAUGGCCAGCCGAUCCUGCGGCUUCCAGCCAGGGUGUCAGAGAAGGUGCAUGCUGUGUUCAGUGAGGAUGAACAGGCGCUCUACGAUGCGCUUGAGAGCAAAACUCAGCUUCAGUUCAACAAGUAUCUCAAGGCUGGCACCGUUGGGAGGAACUACUCCAACAUUCUCGUUCUGCUUCUUCGGCUUCGUCAGGCUUGCUGCCAUCCACACUUGAUGACUGAUUUCAGCGUCGAGGUCAAUGCCGGAACUGACGAGAUGGACCUUGUUGCCAAUGCCAAAGCUUUCGGAAACGACGUUGUGGUCCGGCUCAAAGAGAACGAAAAUCUUGAGUGCCCCAUCUGCAUCGACGCAGUUGACAACCCCAUUAUCUUCUUCCCAUGCGGUCAUAGCGCUUGUGCCGAGUGUUUCUCUAGAAUGACUGAUCCCUCACUUGCCGUGCAGCGUGGUGAAGAUGGUGCAGCAGAGAUCAAGUGUCCGAACUGCCGCGGUCGUGUCGAUCCGAAGAAGGUCACCGACCAUCAAACGUUCAAGAAGAUUCAUUUUGCCGAUGCGGAUGAUGCCGAUCAGGUGGGAUCCCUUAAGCCUCUUUGUGAGGAAGAAGAUGUGAAUCACGACGAUAGCGACGACGACGACGACGACGAUGAUGAUGAUGACAGUUUGUCUCGAUUCAUCGUUGACGACGAGGAUGACGCAGGUUCAAUCAGGAAGUCUAAGAAAAAGAAGGGAAAGAAAGCCAAGAAGACCAAGAAGAGCCUUGCGGAACUCAAGAAGGAGGCAUCGAAGAAUAUCAAAUCGAAACAAAAGUACCUUCGCCGACUGGAGAAAACCUGGGUCACCAGUGCAAAGAUUGAGAAGACUCUCGAAAUCCUUCAGGAGAUUCAGGACCGAGACGACAGCGAGAAGACCAUCGUCUUUAGCCAGUUCACAUCGCUGCUUGAUCUCCUCGAGGUCCCAGUCGCGCGUCGAGGCUGGGGCUAUCGCCGCUACGACGGCAGUAUGAGACCUGGUGAUCGAAACGCCGCCGUCCUGGAAUUCACCGACAACCCAGACUGCAAGAUCAUGCUGGUUUCCCUGAAAGCCGGCAACUCGGGCCUGAACCUCGUCGCUGCGUCUCAGGUCAUCAUCUUCGACCCCUUCUGGAACCCCUACAUCGAGGAACAGGCCAUCGACCGCGCUCAUCGAAUUGGACAGACGCGGCAGGUUCAGAUCCAUCGAGUCCUUGUACAAAAGACAGUCGAGGACCGUAUCCUUGAACUUCAGGAGAAGAAACGCGAGCUCAUUGAGGGUGCUCUAGACGAGAAGGCCUUGAAGAAGGUGGCCCGCCUGGGAACUCAGGAACUAGCCUAUUUAUUCGGCGUUCAGUAA